AUGCUGGAUCAGAUUCACUUGCUGGCUGCUGUGACGGUCCUGGGAGUCCUGGAGCAAGCUUACUUCUCCCUCCAGGUGAUCUAUGCCAGACGAGCGUACGGGAUCUCUCCUCCAAAAGUCUCAGGGCCACCUGAUUUUGAGAGGGUCUUUCGAGCACAGGUGAAUUGCUCUGAGUAUUUCCCCAUUUUCUUGGCUAUUCUCUGGCAGGCUGGCCUCUUCUUCCAUCAAGGUCUGACUGCUGCCUUGGGCCUGCUUUAUCUCUACUCCCGCUACCGCUAUUUUAUGGGGUAUAAAGAGUCCUCCUCGGGAAGGUUAGCCCCAAUGUAUUUCAGCGCUGGAGUUCUCUGGAUUCUUAUCGGACUCGCAGCAGUUGGGAUCUUGCAUUUCUUGCUCUCUCACUAUCUGGGGAUGAAUGUCCUUCUAUUCAUUAGCUUGUGA